GAUAUUUUAGUCACCAAAACUACAAAUCCCAUAAUCCAUUGCGCCAACGUCAUCUGCACGCGCCGAGUCGUUCGGUCAAGUGCAAAGUUUAAAAGUGAUUAGACCGUAUAAUGGCUCUGUCAGGAGUGCGCGUGAUUGAGUUGGCAGGACUGGCACCAGCGCCCUUUUGCGGGAUGAUACUGGCGGACUUCGGCGCACGAGUAAUCCGGGUAGAUCGGACAAAGAUGGCAAUGACUGUAGACACACAAGCAAGAGGUAAACAGUCGGUGGCAUUGAACCUGAAGAGUCCCAAAGGAGUCGCUGUUUUAAAAAAACUUUGUGUCCAGUCAGAUGUCGUCCUGGAGCCCUAUCGUAAAGGUGUUAUGGAGAAGAUGGGUUUAGGUCCUGAAAACCUAAUGAAAGAAAACCCACGUCUGAUCUACGCUCGACUCACCGGCUACGGUCAGAGCGGAUCUUAUGCCAAGGCUGCCGGGCAUGAUAUUAAUUAUCUGGCCAUGUCAGGACUUCUAUCUAUGCUUGGUCGUAGUUCGAAGAAACCUCACGCGCCACUAAAUUUGAUGGCAGACUUUGCAGGAGGAGGUCUCAUGUGUGCGUUUGGGAUUGUUUUGGCUCUACUGGAGAGAAGCAGGUCUGGACAGGGUCAGAUCAUUGAUGCCAGCAUGGUGGAAGGUGCAGCUUAUGUCGGCUCCUUCAUGUGGAAGUCCCGUAGCCUCGGUCUGUGGAACCAUCCACGCGGUGAGAACUUGCUGGAUGGUGGAGCUCCGUUCUAUGAUACGUACCGUACUUCUGAUGAAAAAUAUGUGGCAGUGGGAGCAAUAGAGCCGCAGUUCUACCAACAGCUUCUUCAAGGUCUGGAUUUGGAUCCGGCUGACUUGCCUGCACAAAUGAGCGUAUCUGAUUGGCCGAAACUCCGGCAGACGUUCACCCGCGUCUUUGCCACCAAGACGCAAACGGAGUGGUGUCGGAUUUUUGACGGGACGGAUGCGUGUGUCACCCCAGUGCUUUCACCAGACGAGGUGCUAUCGCACCCUCACAACAAGGCGAGGGGAUCAUUCUUGAAGGACGCUCAGGGGGAAAUAAGUCCCAGACCCGCUCCUGUUCUAUCCCGGUCGCCGGCCGAGCCCUCGCUUUCUCGUGAUCCCUUUAUUGGGGAGCACACUCGCCCUGUACUCCAGCAGUAUGGGUUCGAGAAGGAUCAGAUUGAACAGUUGCAGUCUGCUGGUAUCAUUGAGUGUAAUGAAGCUAAAGCACGACUGUAAGUUGAACCUGGCAGGUUAUGUAUUAAGAUUUGCAACCAGUAUCUACCACACAAGGGCAUUUAGGAGCAAAAUUACGACUUUGGAACCACUGGUGCCUUAUUUGAGAUUGAAAGUCAAGUGGAAUUUAAAUUUAAAUAUCACUCUUUAUGUCAGCAGACCCAUCACCAGAGUUCUAUGUAUGACUGAAAAGCUUUUAUCAGGGAAAUUCAAUAAUGGCAAUCUUUUAAAUGUUUUUGAAUUAUUAAUUCAUACUAAAAUGUAAGAGCAUUUUAUUUAAUUUGAUCAAAGGCUGUAUUUAGGUUGUGAAUGAAAAAUCCUGAUUAAUAAGCGCUGUUAGCAAGAAAUGCCGACUAUGAGUCACAGACUAAUUGGUGUGGGUGGGUAAAUUAAUGCGUGUAUUAUUCGCCUUUCAAUCAUCCUUUCCAAAUGUUGGGCAGCACUGGUGAUGUAAGAUAUUGGUGCGAGAAGAACCAAUUUAUGGGUCGGAGUAAGACAUUUCUUUAUUUGUUAUUAUUGAAUAUUAUUGAUUAUAGGACCUGGUUUAAAGCACAGAAAGCUGUCAAAUGGUUUGAAUGUAUCUCUUGGUACAUUCUCCAUACACUGUCAGAAAAAAAUGAUCAAGAAAUAGUCCGGUGCAGUAGUAGUACCUUUAAAAAUGUCCUAAUAUGUACCAUUUAGGGUCUAUUAUUAGUAUACAUUUGGUACCAGUAUGUUUUUUUGAGGUACUAAUAUAAACGCUUUAGGUGCAAAGGUGUACUUUUUAAAAUGUUACCGCCCCAGUGGAAGUUUUUUGAAUUUUUUUUUCUUGACAGUGUAUAUAGACACUUUAGACAGUCUUUAUGAUACAGCUCUGACUGUUUUCGUGUAGAUUUUAUUGUAAGUAUCUGAUAUUUUGAAAAUAAAUAUAUAUAUUUGAAUAUAUAUAU